AAUCCUAUUAUUUCUUUUGCAAUUUCAAACCCCAAGAAACUCAGAUUAUUACUAUGUUUGUUAUCUUUUGUUAUUUUGGUCUUUUUUAGUUAAUCCAUUUUCCUUCAUUAGCUUCCAAAAUUUUCCACUUUUAGAAGAGCUUCUCAUCAUUUAUAUAUAUACUUGCUUUUUCAUAUCACAAUAUGAUCUUUAUCUAGUCUCGUGAUUUAUAAGGCCUUUUCUGGGUGUAUUUGUAUAAAAAUGGAGAACAUGGGGGAUUGGGAGCAAAAGACUCUUGUAAACGAACUAACGCUAGGGAGAGAGUUAGCAAGGCAACUCCAAAUCCACCUCAACGUCCCAUCAUCUUCUCGAGAAACCCGUGAAAUGUUGGUCCAGAAGAUCCAAGCUUCUUAUGAAAAGGCACUUUCGAUGCUAAAUUUGAGCAGCUCAAUAACAGAGCCAAAUCCCAGAGGAUCGGUAGCCAUUGGAUUGUCUGAGUCCCCGCAUUCCCUUAGUGGAAGUCCCCGGAGUGAAGACUCUGACCGGGACUUCAAGGACCUCGACCCUAAAGAUGGGUCUAGGAAAAGGAAAGGCACGCCAAGGUGGACACAACAAGUGCGAGUUAGCCCAGCGAUGGGACUAGAAGGGUCUCUUGAUGAUGGCUUUAGCUGGAGAAAAUAUGGCCAGAAGGGCAUACUUGGAGCUAAAUAUCCAAGGGGCUAUUAUAGGUGCACUCAUCGAAUUGUCCAAGGAUGUUUGGCAACAAAGCAAGUGCAACGAUCAGAUGAAGACCCUACCAUCUUCGACAUUACCUACCGUGGAAGGCACACUUGCACCCAAGCCUCCCAUAUGCUCCCUCCUUCACAGCCACUCGAGAAUCAGGAACGAAUAAAUACCGGUAUGGAGCCCCAGCCACCCCAACAAAAUCUACAACAACAAUCGCAAGAUCUCUUGUUGAACUAUCGUUCGGGCCUUAAAGUCAUAACCGAAGGAUUGGACUCGCAUCAGCAAUCAGUUAUUCCUCCCUUUCACUUCCCUUCUGCAUCAAAUGUUAAGGUAGAAAACCAAGUGUUUCCGCCUUCUAUGGUGGAAAAGAGCUUCAUGGGGAAUUAUUCUCCCUCUUUCCUAUCUCCUUCGACGUCCGGAACACACUAUUUCUCUGCAUCUUCAAGUGGGAUGUACCAGUACAGCUUUGGAGGGAAUCAGAAUUUUCGGACUUCUGCUGAGUCUGAGCUGACUGACAAAAUAUCUGCUGCCACUUCAACUACCGACUCUCCCACUGUUGGUUUGGACCCAUUUAGCAAUGUAGAAUUUGAUCCAAACUUCACAUUUGACAACUCAGGAUUCCUUUCAUAGUUCCAUGCUCAGCUUGGGAAUCAAGUAAAGUGAAGAUACCUAAAGCAUCUGAUCAGCAACUUGCACCCUGGUGGAUAGUGAAAAAUUGUCUUAACAAAGAAAUAGACGAGUUAGUUGAUUUGUUGGCCAAGAAAUUUUUUCUUCGGCGGUUUUGAAUAAAAGCAUGUUGCAACAGGUUUUGAGUUUUUUUAAUUUUUAAUUAGGAUUUUUUUUGUCUGGU